AUGAAAUAUAAACCUGACACAACUGCGGCAGCAAUUAUGACUACUCAAAGAAUAACUACUGAAGCAAUUCCUGAAUCUACGAUUACUUCAAAUACAAAUGCCGAAAUAAUAAAUUCUACUCCAACUUCAGAUUUUAACGCCAAUAUUUCAAGAACAUGGACUACUUUUUUCCCUACAGAAAAUUCAAUUAAAACAUCUGCAGCUCAUAUAACAUCCACUGAAAAAAGCUUAACUGGCUCACCCGAUUAUACCAUACCAAACUCAAGUACUCAAAAAGGUGAACCUAGUCAGAGUACAGGCGACAAUACCGAAAAAAACGAAGAGGUGGAAAAAGAAAUAUCAACAAUUUACACCAAGACUACCGUCAUACCCACCGUAACGCCAAAAUUAUUAGAUGAACAUUUUAAAUCUUCUACUAUGCCAAAAAAUACUGUGUGUGGUUGUUACAAAGGCACGUGCGAUUCGUUGCCUGGUUUAUCUGUUGAAAUAAAUACCGAAAAUGUAACACCGGAAUGUCCACCCCUAUCAGUAUAUUGUUGUAUUGGAAAUUCAAUAAUUAUACCAAGUAUAAGCACUCAAACCACAAACACUGGUGGUGUUGAAAUAAAAACUACGGAAACACCUCUUGGAUCGACCGUUGUACCAAAUUCCACAACCAAUGAAAAUAUUUUUACAACGAGUAAAACUAUAGAUACUGAUGCCACAAACACUGGAACUAGGCUUAUGCCAGCCGAAGCUCCGUUAAUAACAACACUAGAGCCGAUAAUUACCCUUUCACAAAACAAUGUAACUGAGAUGGCUUCUAUAUUAUACUCUAAGGAAAGUUCAACUACCAUGGUAGAAUCAAGUACGCAAAAAAUAACAUCCACUGAUAGUGGAGACUACAAUACUGAAAUAACAAACAAAGCAACACUGUAUUUGUCCACCAAAGAUUCUGAAUUGACAACUGUAUCCCCAUUAACCAAAACUACUUCGGAGUAUAUAAUAACUUCUACUAAUAAUCAAACUGAAACCACAACCAACGGUAUUUUCAACAUGACAGCAACUACCUUGCCAUCAAUUACAACAACGGAGAAUAAUUUAAUUGAUGCUUUUCCUGAACCAACCACCACUACGACUACGAAUAUAACGACUUCGGGUUCCAAUGAGACAACUAAUUUCUUAACAACCAAGUUGCCGUCUACGACUAUCAAACUACCUAUCAUAACGACGAUUACGUCAAUAGUUACACCUGGUGACGAAACUAUAACGGAAAUAUCACACGCAUCAAGCAGUUCAUUAGAAUCACGUAAUCAAACAUUUAUUUUUACGUCAUAUCCAUAUAAUAUAACUGAUUUCAAAAGCACCGCUCUGAUAACUAACGUUCCAACCAUGACAAGCACCCUACCCACAAUUACGAUUACUGUGAAAAAUGUAACUGAAUCAACUGCUACAAGUUCGACGAAAGAUACCACAGUAUGUGACUGUUAUUACGUUAGUUAUUGCAAGUUAUUACCUGGCAUUUCUAUUGAAAUAGAUUUUCGGAUAACCACACCGCCAUGUCCACCUAUGGCAAUUUAUUGUUGUACUACAAAUUCCAGUACCUUAACAUCUACUACUGUAAGUAUUCCUCAAUCAAAAAGCAUCGAUACGCCGUUUAUACCAACCGAGGUUCAUGUAACACCUACUGCCGUACCGACACCGAGUACUACUAGUAUUCCCAUAGAGACGGCCACCGCAAGAAGUAUAAUUGUAUGCAGUUGUUCCAGCAGUGAAGAUUCAAUUGAUUGCCUCAGUGAUAUUGAAGGUCAAAUAAAUACCGAAAUUUCCAACAUGCAUUGCUCUGUUAACACAACUUAUUGUUGCAAAUUUAUCAAUAGUUCGACGUCCCGUGCAAACUCAAAUCGGACAACUUCGCAUUCAUCUACCGCAUCUUACUCUACGGCUUCUGUUAAUACUUCAUCAUAUAUACCAGUGCAGUUCAAUCUGACGGCUACCACACCAUCAAAUCGAAGCAGAAGUCUAUGCAACUGUUACGUUGUUGCAGUUUGUGAAUCAUCUUUUGAUGAUACUGAUCAAAUAGAUUUCAAGAAUACAAGUUUGUACUGCCCUCCCAACACAACUUUUUGCUGCGUGGCCAGUCAAAAUAUUACGACUCCAAAUACCAUGGUUUCAACUACAAUAUCUCCAACUACUCCAAAUACCAGCUCACCAAAUACCAUUCCUCAAAGUACCAUACCUCUGAGUACCAUACCUACAAAUGCCACACCUCUAAGUACCAUACCUCCAAAUACUAUACCUCCAAAUACCAUGCCUCCAAACGCCAUACAUCUAAGUACCAUACCUCCAAGUACCAUAUCUACAGAUACUAUUCCUACAGAUACCAUACCUCCAAGUGUUAUACCACCAAGUACUAUUCCUCCUAAUACCAUGGUAUUUUAUACUACCAUGGCUAGCAAAAUUCCUAAAAAUAACACAAAUUUGAAUCCUGUUACUUCAACUACUGCCACUUCAAUUACAGCUUAUGUGGAUAAAGUAACAACACUUUCACUUACGACUUCAACAGAAGAUUCGAUUGUGAAUGCCCCACUUCCUACAAUAUAUGAGUGUGCCUGUCAUCCUUUCAAACAAUGCCACAUGCUCAUGGAUGGUAACAUUGAAAUGAUUAUUGGAAACUACAAACCGCAAUGUUCUCGCAAUCACAUUUAUUGCUGUCAACCAAUUGAAUUAAAGGAUUAUUUACCAUGUUUGCAAGCUUCAAAUUCAAAUAUUGAAAAUAUGGAGUCAAAAUCAAAAAUUCAAAGUCAAGAAUCCAAUGUUUCGCACAAUAUUUCUCAAAAUGAGAAACUGCACAAUGCACCAAACAAAACUAAUUGUGGUUGCUUUUUACCAACGACUUGUGGAGCAGAAAUAGAUUUUCGAAUUAUGUUACCGACUUGCCCCAAUGGCUAUAUAUACUGUUGCCCGGGAAAUAUCAGCAACGUUUCAUUUACACUAUCUGGUUCUCAAACCCAAUCCGUGAAUGUGACAGGAUGUGGAAUACGAUCGACAGCAACGUUUGAUUUAGAAAUCGAGCCUGGUCAAGCACCAUAUGGCGAUUAUCCAUGGGUUGCAGCGAUAUUAACUACGGAUAAUGACUUUGUAUCUACUGGCGUUUUAAUUAGUAACAACCAUAUUUUAACUGUUGCACAUAGAGUGUAUGAGUAUAUUUUAUCCGAAAAUGCUGAUACAGAAUUAAAAAUACGUCUUGGUGAUUGGGAUGCAACCAGAGAAAUUGAACCAAUAAAACCACAAGAAUUCCAAAUAGUUGGUAUAACUGCACAUCCAAAUUAUAACCCAUUUGAUUUGCACAAUGAUUUGGCGAUAAUUGAAAUCACACCCAGUGUUCAAUUGGGGACUUCGCCUACAAUAAAUACGGCAUGUCUACCUUCGUCAUCAACAGACUCUUUCGUGGGUCAAGAGUGUUGGGUAGCUGGUUGGGGAUAUGAUUCAGUAGCCGUUGCAAGCAAUUUUCAGGCAAUAUUGCGUCAUGUAGAAGUUCCAAUUGUAGGCCAAGCAAUAUGUCAAAAUUUAUUAAGACAAACAGAAUUAGGCAGUAAUUUUGAAUUAUAUAUGAGUUUCUUAUGUGCAGGUGGCCAACCAAUGAUGGAUGCAUGCUUGGGUGAUGGUGGAGCACCAUUAGUAUGUCGAAGUACAACUAAUCAAUGGACAGUGGUUGGCUUAGUAUCAUGGGGUGUUCGAUGUGGCGAACCGAAUGUUCCAGGAGUUUAUACGAAUGUAGCAGCAUUACUACCAUGGAUAAAUUCUCAAGUAGCCAAAAUGUAA